UAAUCAAAAUCAUAACUUUUAAGUUUUGUUUAUGAAUUUUUUUUCUAACCACGUGUAUAACUGAUUUCUUUAUGUAAAUAAUUAAUUAUUUUUAUAUGAAUUUAAAAAUUUUUUUUUAUUUUCUAAUAUAAAUAAUGUUAAAAUUAAUACGAUUUUAUUAAUAAAAAUUUUGUAAUUUAUAAAAAUUCUUAUACUGUUAUAUCUUAUACUGUUAUACUGUUUUAAAAAAGAUCUAAAUAAUAAUUAUUUAAUUAAACAUGAAUAAAAGAAAAUUUGGAGAGGAGAAUGAAAAUAAACAAAAUAAUGAAAAUUCUUCAACAGAAACAAUAAAAGUUAAACGGAUUUUAUCACGUUUUAAAUCGGAUAAGGGUGAAAUAUUACCUGGUGGUUUAUUAGAUUUACCUAUAAAUAUUACAGUUGAUAAAUUACAAGCAAUUUGUAAUACACUUCUACAAAAUGAAGAACCUAUACCUUUUGCUUUUUAUGUAAAUAAUAUUGAGAUCACAGAUAAUUUGGAAAAUAAUAUCAAAGAAAAUUUUAGCAUUAGUGAGAAUAUAAUUGAAAUUAUAUAUCAACCACAAGCAAUUUUUAAAGUCAAAGCAAUUACACGAUGUACUGGAUCUUUAGAAGGACAUAAAGAAGCAGUAAUAUCAGUUGCUUUUUCACCUAAUGGAACAUGUUUAGCUAGUGGUUCUGGAGAUACAACAGUUAGAUUUUGGGAUAUAUAUACACAAACUCCAUAUUAUACAUGUGAAGGUCAUAAACAUUGGGUAUUAUGUAUAUCAUGGUCUCCAUGUGGAACUAAACUAGCAUCUGCAUGUAAAAACGGUACUAUAUUAUUAUGGGAUCCAAAAACAGGAAAACAAAUAGGAAAAGCUAUGUUAGGUCACAAAAUGUGGGUUACUUCUUUAUGUUGGGAACCAUAUCAUAAAAAUUCUGAAUGCCACUAUUUAGUUAGUGCUUCAAAAGAUUGUGAUUUAAGAAUAUGGGAUACAAUACGUUCACAAACAGUUCGUAUUCUCUCUGGUCAUACAAAAAGUGUGACAUGUGUUAAAUGGGGUGGAAAUGGUCUUAUUUAUUCUGGUUCACAAGAUAGAACUAUAAAAGUAUGGAGAGCUGAAGAUGGAAUUUUAUGUAGAACUUUAGAAGGUCAUGCACAUUGGGUGAAUACUUUAACAUUAAAUGUAGACUAUGUACUUAGAACUGGUCCUUUUCAUCUUGGAACAGAGCAAAAUGAAACUGAAACUCGUGUAGAAUAUGCAAAAAAAUGUUAUGAAUCUCUGGGUGAAGAAAUACUUGUUUCUGGUUCUGAUGAUUUUACAUUAUUUCUGUGGAGACCAGAAAAGGAAAAAAAAUUUUUAGCAAGAAUGACAGGGCAUCAGCAAUUAAUUAACGAUGUAAAAUUCUCGCCAGAUGGUCGUAUAAUUGCAUCUGCUUCAUUUGAUAAAUCAAUAAAAUUAUGGGAAUCAAAUACAGGAAUGUAUAUAACUUCAUUAAGAGGCCAUGUACAAGCUGUAUAUUCAAUCUCAUGGAGUGCAGAUUCUCGUUUACUUGUUAGUGGCAGUGCAGAUUCUACUUUAAAAGUAUGGAGUUUAAAAACGAAAAAACUUUGUCAAGAUUUACCUGGUCAUGCAGACGAAAUUUAUGCAGUGGAUUGGUCUCCAGAUGGAUGUCGUGUCGUAUCCGGUGGAAAGGAUAAGAUUUUACGACUUUGGCAGAAUUAAACAAUAUAUAUAAAAAUUUUUUUAAUGAUACUUCAAAAGUUUCAUGCAAUUAAAAAAUGAAAUUUUCACAAACAAAAUAGUUGUAUUCAAAGCAUUGAUAAUGAAGGCGAUUGAUUUAUUAUUGCUAAAAUAAUAACGUGAAUAAUAAUGAAUUAAAUUCUUUUAAAAAAUAUACAAUAGUUUUGUUCAGAAAAAUAAAUCUGAUCAUGUGUAUAUAAGUAGCCGUGCUCAGAUAAGUGAAAUAAGCUAUAUUUAAGAUUUAAAAAAAGAACUAUUGAAAAGAAAUCAAAUGGAAGAAUAUAAUAUCUGUAAUAUUUUAUAAAGAUAUGAUGUUCCACGAUAUAUUAAAGAUCCCUAUCUUGCGUAUAUUUAAAUAUAUGUACAUUCAUAUAACUAACAUUCAAGUGAAAUUAAACUUCAAUUUAUAUAAUUUUUAUGCUACUUGUAUUUUUGUUAUAAGUAUAUUAUAAAUACAUUAUGUCUUAAUAGAUAA